AUGUUUUUCGAAGGAUACCAUUAUCAUGGAAGUGGAACCACCUUUGAGCAGAGUUACCGCUGCUACCCUGCUUCUUUUAUCGACAAGCCACAAAUUGAAAGUGGUGACAAGAUUAUAAUGCCACCAUCAGCCCUUGAUCGUCUCGCCUCUUUGCAUAUUGACUAUCCUAUGCUCUUUGAGCUUCGUAAUGCUGGAAGUGAACGUGUUUCACACUGUGGAGUCCUUGAGUUCAUUGCUGAAGAAGGCAUGAUCUACAUGCCAUAUUGGAUGAUGCAGAAUCUACUGCUCCAGGAAGGAGACAUUGUGAGAGUUAGAAACGUCACUCUUCCUAAGGGAACUUAUGUUAAACUACAACCCCACACUACUGACUUCCUCGACAUAUCCAACCCUAAAGCCAUCUUGGAGACAGCUUUGAGAAAUUACUCAUGCCUAACCACUGGGGAUAGCAUUAUGGUUCCAUACAACAACAAGAAGUACUUCAUAGAUAUCGUUGAAACAAAGCCUGCUAAUGGAAUCAGCAUCAUUGAAACAGAUUGUGAGGUUGAUUUUGCACCUCCCCUUGAUUACAAAGAGCCUGAACGUCCUGCUGUACCUGCUACAGCAGCUAAGGCUCUGGCAAAAGCUGAGGAGGUUGAGGCUGAACCAGAACCAAAGUUUAAUCCUUUCACGGGAUCUGGAAGACGGUUAGAUGGGAGACCUCUUUCCUAUGAGCCACCGCCUUCUGCUGCUUCUUCCUCCUCCUCUAGCUCAAAAGACAAACAGCCUGCUGUUUCCAAUGGUAAUGGACAGUCAUCUGGCUCAGAGAAAGCUGCUACUGCGCGGCAAGCUCAAGGAAAGCUUGUGUUUGGGGGCAACGCAAACCGUGCUCCGAAAGAAGCUCCAAAAGCUGGAGCUGGAAAGGAGACAAAGAAAGAGGAAGAAGAGAAGAAAGAAGAGUCCAAGUUCCAAGCUUUUUCUGGAAAGAAGUAUUCAUUAAGGGGUUGA